GGAUCGCUCCGCGCGUCGCGCCUCAGCAGGCGACUGGACCGGUUUUGAUUACCGAUUGCGAAAAGCAAAGAGGUUUGGAGUGGAUUCUGGAUGGAAGGAGGCGAGGGAACGGGUUUCUUCCGUGGACGGUGUGUCUUCCUAAACGUCUUCUAUUGAUAACAGGCAUAGGACAUCUGAACAAGCCACCUCGGUCAGACUCGUCAUCAAGGGAAUUGUGACUCGCAGUGAUUAAAGGCAUAGGACAUCUGAACAAGCCACCUCGGUCAGACUCGUCAUCAAGGGAAUUGUGACUCGCAGUGAUUAAAGGUUGUCACCUUCCUGUCUGAGAGCUGCGUAGCUGUUGAGAAGGGCUCCGUGGAACAGGAUACAGGGAAAGGAACAACUUGGUGCAUCAUGAUGGAGUGCUGAAAACCAGAGUAUUCCCCAACCCGGUGCUCCACACCACCCCCAGAGCGAGAGAAAGGGUUGAAACCAUAGCAACAGUCGUGUCCUACCUUGCCAUGAAUGAGGAGACCAGGACUUGUGACUUACCGAGGAAGCUGACAACAACACAAUCUCAGACGAAAGAACAAUGAUGCAUAUCCAGGGCCGGACUGACUGGUAGACUGGUAACCAUUGCCAUGGAGUUUUGCAACCGCAGCCUGCUGGCUAGGUGUGCCCCCCUGAUGGAGCCGGAUGAGGAGGAAGGGGUGGUGAUUUCACCCCCGCCUUCGCCGCCAGGGGUUGGGGCUACUAGUCCCUUCAUGCCUGUCACCCUGCGUGUGAUGCUGGCCGCCAUCAUGAUCUUCAUGAUCACCAUUGGUUUCCUGGGAAACGCUAUCGUUUGUCUGAUCGUCUACCAGAAGCCUGCCAUGCGUUCCGCCAUCAACCUGCUCCUCGCCACAUUGGCGUUCUCUGACAUCAUGCUCUCGCUGCUCUGCAUGCCCUUCACUGCCGUUACCAUGGUUACGGCCGACUGGCACUUCGGGGGAGGAUUCUGCCGUGCUUCCGUUAUGCUCUACUGGCUCUUCGUCCUGGAAGGCGUGUACAUCCUCCUCAUCAUCAGUGUAGACCGCUUCCUAAUCAUCGUUCAGAGGCAGGAUAAGCUGACACCGCACCGCGCCAAGCUGCUCAUUGUCGCUUCCUGGGCGCUGUCCCUCUGCGUGGCGCUCCCGUCUGUGAUCGGCUGGCGUGCGGGCACGGCGGGUGUGACGGGCAUUGGGGAGGCCUGGGCGCCACAGUGCGUGCUGGGCUACAGUGAGUCGCUGUCCGACCGCAGCUACACGGUGCUGCUGGUGGUGGCUGUGUUCUUUGUGCCGUUCGGCAUCAUGCUCUACUCCUACCUGUGCAUCCUCAACACGGUGCGCCGCAACGCCCUACGCAUCCACAACCACACCUACGACCAGGCCAGCCUUCCGGCCCUCAACCAGGUCAGCAAGCUGGGUCUUACUGGCCUGCAACGGCCCCCCCAGGUCAAUGUGGACAUGAGCUUCAAGACCCGUGCCUUCACCACCAUCCUCAUCCUCUAUAUCGGCUUCUCUGUGUGCUGGCUACCCCACACCGUUGUCAGUCUGCUGGCCGUGUUCAGCCAAAGGUUCUACUUCAGCCCGGCUUUUUACCCGGUCAGUGUGGGGGCACUUUGGCUCAGCUACCUGAAGACGGUGUUUAACCCUGUCAUCUACUGCUGGAGGAUCAGGAAGUUCCGGGAGGCGUGUCUGGAAUUUAUGCCCAAGAGCUGCAGGCUGUGUCCCAGGUUGCCGGGCCGGAGCCGCAGGAGGGUGAGGCCCAGUAACAUCUACGUGUGCAGCGAGAUCCAGUCGGCUGUGUGAGGAAUUAACACUCCCUCUGAGAACACUUUCUGGUAACAGUGUAAAGCAGUGUUCACCAACCCUGGUCUUGAAGAGCAAAAGGGUGCUCCACUGGUGUGAAGGACCUACUAUACCUGCUCUAUGAUUUGUUAAGACAUCAGCAUGUCAGCAGCAUACACAGUUUGCUGCUGAAACAUUCCUGUCUUCUGAUUUUUUGGGGGGCAUCUAAGUAAGAGCAAUCAGCAGAGUACAUUCUUGUGUUUUGUCUAAAGUGCUGUGGACACUGGACAGCCGUGAACAGAAGAACCCUCUCUCUUUUUAUCCCUUCUCCGAAAAAGACAUGAAGAGAGUACAAAUGAUGCACAACCAGGAACAGAGUUUUCUAUUGAACCAUUUUCCAGGUUUUUAAUUGGCUGAGUACUGUUGGUGAUCGUUUACCCAGAUGGCUCUUUUAUAUGUCUGAUACUGAAAGUAAAUGAAAAGGUUGCAUAAAACUUGCAAUGAAAUGUUGAUCAAUAUAAAAACGGUUGUUUCAGUGAAUUAAUAAUUGAUUUAAUGAGUUAACUAACAAACCGAUUAACAUGUGUGUUGACAUCAACUAUGCAGAUGAAGCAUAUAGACUGAGUAUAAAUGAAAGAUAACAAAUCAUGGAAACACAGUUAAUACUGUUGUUUGUUGUGCACAUGCACUGUGAUAGCAUUGUACCUUCCUAAUACUGGAACAAAAAUAUUGUAUGUUGGGCAUGCUGGUUGACAAAGGUUGAACCUGUUGUCGAACACAGACCACGUUAAGCAGUCCCCUGCCUCUGCAAUGUCAAUGGUUGUGUUGCUGGGAUACUAAAGACCUCUACUGAUUGUAGGUUGCGGAGUGUAUUUAUGUGUGUGAAACCCAUAUCUGACCCAUAUCUUCCACAGCAGAACACAGUCUGUGCUGUAUGUAAUUAAUCUCCAUCUGUACAGUAGAUAAAACUAUUUACUGAGAGUAGUUCCAAUCUAGGGCAUGCCAUGUCAACUCAUACACUUUGCGUAAAGUGUGAUUAUCUCAAUUAUGCUGCCUUAGUUGAAAGAAAAAACACAGAUGACGCGAGACAGAGCACGAGGUACAAGCCUCACAAACAGACGUCUGCAAAAUACAAGCCGAUGUCGUAGCGUUGGUAUCAUUAAUGUGGCGACUGCUGUUUAUCGAAUAAUUAUGUGUUUAUAAUUACGUGAUUCAAUUCAUCAGGCAACCACUAACUCAGUAACUUGGGGAACCAUUGGAAAAGUUUGUUUAAUGAGUUACCAUUUCCCAAGUUAACUCAAAGAAUAUCAGAAUAUCGAUUUCAUAUCAGUCGAUAAUUAAUUAAUUUCCUAAUCCGUCUCAUCCCGAACGUUGCAUAAUUUGUAAAUCUGCACAAACCCGGGUCUCACUAAAUAAUUCCAUACCACUCCAAUUGAGUUGAUUAUUUAUUUACUAACAAUUUAAAUUAUAAUAUAAGAUACACAUCCACACGAUGUCAGUGUCCUUUCUCUUAGUGGUCUGUUCCCUUGCACUCGUUUUGUGAGAGUGGACUUCUGAGGCUAAUCAGCUGUCUCAACACUCCCAGCUUGGGUAGGAGGGCCGUGUAGACAACCAAUGAUUUGAAGAGAAUAACUGGCUGGUUCUUCUUGA